AUGCCUCUCAGCCAUGUGUUAUAUUUAGUCACCAUCGCCGCCCUCUGCCUCUUUGUGGCCUUCGCCGCGGGUCAGCAAUACUUUCUGGGCCAGUUCCCCAGCCGGGCUCGCUUUGGCUUCGAUCCCGUGGCGCUAGCGGGACCCUCGUCGGCCACACAGGUUCGGGAUCCCCGACAGAACAGAGGACCCGUGGUCUUCCCCCCAUCCCCGCCAGAUGCAGUGGACGAGUCCAGCGGCGUGGUCGUCGGAGCCUCCGGAUACGGUUUUGUGCCGCCCCAGCAAACGGCGGCUGUGGCAGUGGCGGCGACGGGGGAUCCGUCAACGUACUUUAGCACCACAUUCCAGACCCCCGACACCGCCUAUGCGACAUACAACUUCUUCGGAAGUCCCAGUCCCUACACCACGCGGUUUAGAUACUUCUGAGUCCGAGGAUGGAGCACAGGCCAAAGUCGAACCCCCGAGUCAUGUUGUUGAGUGGUCAGUGGUCAGUGGAGCUGGCGGAUGACUGACUGCAGCCGGAGAACUAGGAGC